ACUAAUCGCCGCCUCCUGCGUGUGUGAUCUCGCUUCGCUCCCCGUAAUUUAAUUUAUAAAAAAGAUCCCUAAUUUAUCUCCCCUUCCUUUCUCGACUAUACUACUAGCUAGUAGCUUCCACAGCUCGAAUCACUACUUUGUUUUCAAUCACUACUUCAAUAAAAAUCGGCGCGAGUUCGGAUUCGCCUGUCGCCGCGCACUCCAAUCCCCAGGCUCACUGGUUCAUCGAUCGCGCGGGCGCGGAGUUUCGGUGUGGAUUCUCUGCCGAUUCGGGCCUCCGGGUAUGGAGCGCCGUGGGCUGCUCAAGGCGGUGCUUCUGGCGUGCUUGCUUGUGGUUUGCUCCGGGAGAGCACCUAUGGUUAAACAUCAGUCGUCCGAUACCAUAUACAACUCAACUCUUGCCAAGAUACUGGUGGAAUAUGCUUCUGCUAUCUACACUGCUGAUUUGACACAAUUGUUUACCUGGACAUGUGAUAGAUGCGGUGACCUGAUCAAGGGGUUCGAGAUGAUGGACAUCAUCGUAGAUGUGGAGAACUGCUUAGAGGCAUAUGUUGGUUUUGCCAGUGAUAUUAAUGCUGUCGUUGUUGUGUUCAGAGGAACUCAAGAGAACAGCAUCCAGAACUGGAUAGAGGACUUGCUAUGGAAACAACUUGAUCUUGAUUACCCUGGCAUGCCUGAAGCAAGGGUACACCGAGGAUUUUACUCUGCUUAUCAUAACACAACAUUACGUGAUGGAGUUGUCGGUGGCAUUUCAAAGACCCGGAAACUGUAUGGAGAUGUUCCGAUCAUGAUUACAGGGCACUCAAUGGGUGCAGCUAUCGCUUCAUUUUGUGCACUUGAUCUUGUUGUGAACUAUGGGCUAGAUGGUGUGAAACUAAUGACAUUUGGGCAACCUCGUAUCGGCAAUGAGGCCUUUGCUUCCUAUUUCAAGGUGUACCUGCCUCAUGCGAUCCGAGUUACUAAUGCGCAUGAUAUCGUCCCUCACCUGCCACCGUACUUCACGCUCUUCCCGCAGAAGACCUACCAUCACUUCCCCACAGAGGUAUGGGUCCAUGAUGUCGGGCUCGGAAGCCUGAUAUACACGGUCGAGCAGAUCUGCGAUGACUCCGGCGAAGACCCGGCGUGCUGCAGGUCCGUGAGCGGCAACAGCAUACUAGACCACAUAACCUACCUGGGCGUCAGCAUGCACGCCGAGGCAUGGAGCAGCUGUAGGAUCGUCAUGGAAUACACCGAGCUGCAGCACAAGAUGGACCUUUACGGUAACAUCGUUUUGUCGAAGCAGCCAGAUUUACAUAGCGCCCAGUGAAUCCAUGUAAAGAUCUCAUGUACCAUAGGAGUAGCACCAAGCUCCCUCUGUUUCGUUGUUUCUGCUUUCAGAAAGGGGGAUGACACGUUUACUGGAAGAUGCUUGCUGUAAAUGUUGUUUGGUUAUACAAAGCAUUUUUUUCAGUUCAAAA